AUUAUUUAUAAGAGAAUGAUAAAUUCUACUAUGAACGAUAUUAAAGCUGUGGGAUAAAAAUAUGAUUAUCUAACUAAGGAUAAAGUGGGUUAAGGAGCAUUUGCAGAUGUAUAUUUAGGGAGAAAUAAAUUAACUAAAGAAAGUGUGGCAAUAAAAGUAAUAAAGAGAUCAGUUUUAAGAAAAUAUGGGUAAAGGAUAAAUAAAUAAUUGAAGUGAUGAAAUAUUAGAAUAAAUUUUGAUGGAAGUAAAAAUAUUACAGGAAUUAGUAGAAGCAUGCAAAAAAGAUGUUUGUCCAUUUAUAAAUAGAAUGUAUGAGUGCUUAUAAACAGAUAAUCACAUAUAUAUAGUGUUAGAAUUUUGCAAUUAAGGGACACUAUUGGAUAAGAUAAACAAAUAAAAGAAGUUAGAUGAAAAUGAAGCUUUGUUCAUUUUAUUUUAAUUACUAUAGGCAUUAUCUUUAUUGGCAAAAAACAAUAUAGUUCAUAGAGAUAUAAAGCCUGAGAAUAUUUUUAUAAAGGAUGAUGUGUAUAAAUUGGGAGAUUUUGGAUUUGCUGAAUAGAAAUCAAUGUUUUAAACUCAUUUGGGAACAUUUCCUUAUAUGGCUCCUGAAAUAUUUAUAAACAAUGAAUAAGAUUCAAAAGUGGAUGUUUGGGCAUUAGGAUUACUUACACAUGAGAUGCUUUUUGGAGAGAUAUAUUUUAUAGGAAAGAGUCGUUUUGAGGUUGAAUAGAGAAUUUUGACUAAGGAGUAUAAUUUAGAUGAUUACAAAUAUUAAGUAUCAGAAUAAGUUAAGGAUUUAUUAAGAUAGAUGAUUAAGAAAGAGCCAAAAGAAGUAAGAAAUAAUAUUAUAAAAUAGAGAAUAUCAGCAAGUGAUGCUCUUAAAUUGCAUAUCUUUGAUAAAUUUAGAGAGGAUUUAAGAUUUUUAACAAUAAUGGAGAAUGAGAGAGAGUUUAUGAAAUAAUUUGUAGGAGAUGUUUCAUAGAAAUCUAUAUAAGAGUUUUAGAGAGAAGAGGAGGAGAGACAAAAGAAAGAGGAAGAGGAAAGAGCACAACAAUUAUAGAUUUAAUUACAUUCUUAAAAAUCUUAAUAAAUUUAAUAGGGAAUUAAAUAAAUAAAUGGUUGUAUUAAAGACAAGAUAAAUGGAAUACUAUUAAUGGUUUAAUUGUGUGAUUUUUUAAGUCAAAAUAUGAUAGAGAUUUGUCGCUUUGAAAUAUUAUAUAUUUUAAAGUAAGCAGGGAUUUUAAUGAAUUAAUUAAAAGAGAUGAUGGAUUAGAAAAUCAUAAUGGGGAAAUAAGAUCAUAUAAAAUUUGAAAUAGAUUUAGAAAUAUGGAAUAUAUAUCAUUCUUCUGAUAUAAGGUAUAUAAAUGAUUAUUAUAUUCUUAAGUGCAAAAUAAAUGAUUGAUGAAAUAGAGGGAGAUCGGAAUUAUAUAAGAAAGAAAUAUAUAGAUUAUUUAAAUUACAUAAAUAAUUACACAUCUGCAAAUUAUCCAGAUUAUAUUUAUUAUACAGAAUCAAUAACAAAUUUAAAUUUGACUAAAUUGAUAGAUCAUGGAUUAUACAAUGAAUAAUUAUAUUAAAAGAUAAAGUUUUUAAAGGAGGAUAAGGAGAAGGUGAGAGAUGAAAAUAUUAAAAAGAUAAUAAAUAAAAGUUUAUUAUGGAUGUAUACAGCUUAUUAAUAUGAAAAAUUAUGUUCAGGAUAGUUGAUGGAUAUAAUGAAAUUUACAUAAGCAUUAAAUAGAGAUGAUAUUGAUGGAAUGUAAGAUUGUAUAAAUUGGCCAUGAUAUAUA